AUGCUGCUCUUGGAUUAUGUUUCGACAACAAUUUUCUUCUCUGACAGAAACGUCGACAGCAAUUUGAUUGCCUGGAAUCGUGUCGUGUUACUUCACGGGCCGCCUGGCACCGGGAAGACGUCUCUGUGUAAAGGACUUGCCCAGAAACUCUCCAUCAGACUGUCUGGCAGGUAUGCACACAGCCAGUUCGGGGAGAUUAACAGCCACAGCCUCUUCUCCAAGUGGUUCUCAGAGAGCGGGAAACUGGUCACAAAGAUGUUUCAGAAGAUUCAGGAGCUCAUUGACGAUAAAGACGCUCUGGUGUUUGUCCUGAUAGACGAGGUGGAGAGUCUCACAGCCGCGUGGAGCGCCGCUCAAGCAGGAACAGAGCCGUCUGACGCUAUUAGGGUGGUCAAGUCAGUUCUGACCCAGCUCGACCAGAUCAAACGGCACCCAGAUGUUGUCAUCCUCACCACAUCCAACAUCACAGAAAAGAUCGAUCUGGCCUUUGUGGACAGAGCUGAUAUAAAGCAGUACAUCGGCCCCCCGAGUGCCAGCGCCAUCUUCAACAUCUAUCUGUCCUGUCUGGAGGAACUCAUGAAGCGUCAGAUCGUCUACCCCAGACAGCAGCUGCUGAGUUUGGAGGAACUGGGCACCAUGAACUUCAUGGAGAGCGACGUGACCCGUCUGAGCUUAACGCUGAGGAAUAUCGCUCAGAGGAGUGUGGGACUCAGUGGAAGAGCUUUGAGGAAAAUCCCAUUUCUGGCUCAUGCGCUCUAUGGAAAGUCCUCCACAAUGACAGUCGAGGGUUUUCUGAAAGCGAUGGAGCGGGCCGUGGACAAACAGAGACAGGUACAGGCGAGUUUGGUCAACUGUGUUUGA